GAAGAAAAGAGAGAGAAAACAGUGCAUAUUUAUUCAAUGGAUGCCGCUAAGAUAGCAGACCUUAAGCAAUUUGUUGAUCACUGCAAGUCUAACCCUUCUAUACUCCACGACCCAUCUCUUACUUUCUUCAGAACCUAUCUUCACAGCCUGGGUGCUCGAAUUCCACCUCAAACUAAAUCGGAGAAAGGUGAUAUUGACAUGUCCAACUCUAAUGAAGACUUUAAUGACCAGAGAUCAAGUGAAGAGGGUGAUAACAUAAUAGAGUCUGACAUUGAAUUAGAUGAUAGUGACAUUGUGGAACCUGACAAUGAUCCUCUGCAAAAGAUGGGAAACCCUGCAAUUGAAGUUACAGAAGAAAAGCAGGAUGCUGCACAAACAGAAAAAGUAAAAGCCAUGGAAGCAAUCUCUGAAGGCAAGCUUGGUGAUGCGAUAGUUCACCUAACAGAGGCUAUAACGUUGAAUCCCACUUCAGCAAUAUUAUAUGCAACUAGAGCUAGUGUUUUUGUUAAACUGAAGAAACCAAAUGCUGCAAUAUGUGAUGCUAAUGCUGCUCUAGAGAUCAACCCGGACUCUGCUAAAGGAUAUAAAGUACGGGGAAUAGCAAGGGCCAUGCUGGGCCAAUGGGAAGAAGCAGCAAGUGACCUGCAUGUAGCAUCAAAGUUGGAUUAUGAUGAGGAGAUUGCUUUGGUUCUAAAAAAGGUUGAACCUAAUGCACGCAAAAUUCAAGAGCAUCGUCGAAAAUAUGAACGCUUGAGAAAAGAAAGGGAGCUAAAGAAAGCUGAACGGGAGAGACAACAGCGAGUUGAAGCCCAAGGACGAGAAGCUUUAUCUGCUUUAAAGGAGGGGCAAGUAAUAGGCAUCCAUUCUGCCAGUGAGUUGGAAACCAAAUUGAAUGCUGCUUCAAGAACAUCUCGCCUUGCAAUCCUGUAUUUUACAGCAACAUGGUGUGGGCCUUGUCGUUACGUUUCUCCUCUUUUUACAAAUUUAGCUACAAAGUACCCUAAAACUGUAUUCUUGAAAGUUGACAUCGAUGACGCUAGGGAUGUGGCUGCGAAAUGGAAUAUUAGCAGUGUUCCUACAUUUUUCUUCAUAAAGAAUGGCAAGGAGAUCGACAAAGUUGUGGGUGCUGAUAAAAAUGGACUUGAGAGGAAGAUUGAACAAUAUGCAUCCUAGGCCUGAGUUAAAUAUCUGUAAGAACCUCAUAACUUGUGUUUCUUCCGUCCUUUAGGCUCUGUGAGCAUCACUAGUCUUACAAUGGGAUAAACUUGUGAGAAGAUUGUCUUGUUUCAUAAUAAAAUGACCUGCCCUAAGGUAUGUUGUAUGGAUGAAAAUAAGCUAAUUUUACUCUGCAUUUUGUAUUUUGAAUCUAUAAUAGAUCUAAGUGCAGACAAGAUUUGUUUUA